AUGGAGACUGAUGGUUUCCAAGCAACUACGGAUGCCUUUAUUUCCUGGCUUUCAGACGCCGGUGUUCGAAUUAAUCCGAAGAUAAGAAUCGAGGACUUUCGGUCAGACGGUCGGGGACGUGGAGUCGUUGCUGCUGCGGACUUAGCAGAGGACGAGGUUAUUUUCAGUAUUCCCCGGACAUCCGCUCUCAACAUAAACAACAGUUUGGCUGGAAUUGAUGCAGGCUCCUCCAGAGAUGCUCUUCUCAACAUGCCUAGUUGGUUGGCUCUAACAGCCCUCAUCAUCUCCGAGAGCCAACAAUCGAAUUCGAAGUGGGCUGCUUACCUCGCCGUUUUGCCUCGACAGCUUGAUACCUUGACAUUUUGGUCCGAAUUGGAACUCACAGAACUGCAAGCUAGUACGGUGGUCAAGAAAAUCGGCAAGGCAGGCGCAGAAGCCAUGUUCUCACAACAUCUUCUACCGCUCGGGCUGGGAGAAUCUAGUACUGAUUUAUUCCACCGGGUGGCGUCUAUCAUAAUGGCGUAUGCCUUCGAUAUCCCCUACGAAGCAGACAGCGAACAACAGACUGGGACUGCUGGAGCAGAAGACGACGAGCUUGUGUCAGACAAUGGGGAUGAGAAGACGAUUCUGUCAAUGAUCCCACUUGCGGAUAUGUUGAAUGCAGAUGCCGACCGGAAUAAUGCACGAUUGUGCUGCGACAACGAGGACCUAGAAAUGAGGACUAUAAAACCAAUUUCGAAGGGCGAGGAAAUCUUCAACGACUAUGGCCAGCUUCCACGAUCUGACCUGCUACGUCGCUACGGAUAUGUAACAGACAACUAUGCCCCGUACGACGUCGCUGAGAUAUCUACAUCUUCCAUCAUGUCUGCGCUGACAAGUGGGCCGCUCAAAUUGGGCGAGGGCCAGUUACUGCAACCCUUAAGUGAAAUGGAGGCAAAGAGAAGAUUGACACUGGCCGAGCGGGAAGACGUCCACGACGAUUCCUACGAUUUGAUCCAUCCUAAUACGGAAGGGCCAGCAAUUCCUGAUGAACUCCUGGCGCUGAUAUACCUCCAACUCCUAGACGAAGAGAGCUUAAGGGCAAUCGAGACUUCACAGAGCUCUCUCCCCAGUCGAUCUAAACUAGCAACUGAGCUUGUUGGGCAAGUUCUGGCAGCAUUGAUCCAGCUCAGAGAGAAGGAGUAUGCCACGUCAAUCGAAGAAGAUGAAAACCUGCUCCAAACAGAAAGUGUCCCCUACCGCACAAAAAUGGCUAUGCAAGUUCGACUAGGCGAAAAGAGAGUUCUCAGGGCUGCAAUUCAAGAGGCAUCCUCGUUUACGGGAAGCAACAAACGCAUGAGGACCGGUCAAGGUUCGGAGCCUCAACCCCCGGCGCAAGGAAGCCUUCCGAACGGCAAAAGACAAGCAGAAGAUACGUUGAAGGCCAAGAAAAAGGGACGCUAUAGGUGA